AUGAGUAGCAGUGAGACCAACGUAAACCAUUUGCUCGAAACGAUCGAAUCCUUCGAUCAAUUCAAUCUGCACCAUGUACUUCUACGUGGUAUUCAUGACCACGGUCUCAAACAUCCAUUAAAUAUCCAACAACGUGCUCUUAAAUCUUGUAUUUCGGGUCACGAUGUGAUUGUGCAAGCACAGGCAGGUUUAGGGAAAACAACAACCUAA